AUGGUUGAUAUAACCAGGGUAGGCCAGACGACUAUCCACGUUACGGAGCCGCCCUCCGUCGAGCACCCCAAGAUCACACUCUGGCUGGAAUCUGUCUAUGUCCUACGUGUCCCGCUUCGGGGGGCCUUAUAUGAUCUGAGCGCAGCCGGUCGAGGGAAUACAUGCGGGGUAGUUAUCGUGGAUGACGAAUGGCCAAUGGAUUACCACCCGAUGGAUUUCAGGCCGGACGCCAUGGCCUCGGCCCGUACGUUUUCUGCACCUCGAUUGGAGCUGGCGGAGGCGUAUGAGCAAUGUGUGACAUGCUCCGAGCAGAACAUGCUCCUCGCCAUGGCGGCACGGCAGAUCGGCGACCUCUGCGGCAAGACGGCCGACUGCUACACGUCCCUGCAUCAGAGGGGCCACGGUGAGCCUGACGCCUCGCCAGCAAAGCCCCGGCGCAGUCACUCCGCCGACCUGGUCGACAUUUCGGUAUCGACAUGUCGGGUCAAUCGACGGGAGCGGCUCUAUCUGCUGGGAAGUCUAGUGACGCUCCAGACGUUUGAGUUUCAACGAUCCAUCGACACCAUCAAGUCGCGACAUCAAUCUAAUCAGCGGUGA